AAAGAGAAGCAAGAGGGGAGAGAGAAAGGAUAUAUCAAUGAAUAAAUAAGAAUGAAGACGAAGUCAGACAGGGAAGGAAAAAGGAAACAGAAAAAAGGCGGCCAGAGAAGAAGGUACAGUGGUUAAUUUUUCUCUUGUAAGGCGUUAAGGAUGGCUCCUCCAACUGAUUGCUUGCUGUUGGAACUUGCUUUCUCCAACUUUUCCUUUCCGCCCAAUCUACGGAUAUCGCCUUCGACCCAGACCCAGACCCAGACUCAAGACUUCAACCAGAGGUCGAGGGUCAACUGCCACCGCAUACGUGACGAAUCGUCGAAGCCAGAAUCGAUAGUGACCCAACCGUCGUCCAGACCGCAACCAUUUUCCCGUGGCUCAGUCCCGAUCGACGGGCUCCAGUGGACUCUCUUUCGGCUGGGAUCCGACACCGGCUCCAAUGAAUCAAAUCAUCUGCCAUACCCUUCCGAGACGAUGCAAAGUACUCUCCAUACGUAGAAUCGAUUUCCGGCCCCAGCAGCAAAAGACG